AUGUCCGACAAUGUUCGCUAUCUUCCACCGCGGCUCCAACCGAUAUUCUCCGUCAACGAAGCAGUAUCUGGAAGACUAUCCCUCUCAUUGGCCGUUCUCUGCAUUGUGUUGAUUACCGUAUAUGCCAACCACAAUGCCGCACGCCAACGUCUGGCAUCAGAACUGCCGGUAGAAGCAAACGAUCGAAAAGCAACCAUCAAGAGCCGCAAUCAUUUCCGUAAAAACUCUAAAGCAAUACGGCUACAAAGACUCAAAGCGGAAAAUCAGGAGUUUUAUUAUAUCUCUCCUGCUCUCAGCCGGCAAUUCAUGGCCCCGACCAGAUUUCCACUCAAAACUGCACUGAGGCUUGAACUCGAUUCCACUAGCAUAAUAAGAGCGCAAUUUAAUCGAUAUUUGGAGGAUGUCUUAGUCGGUCUUCGGGAUACGAGCCUCAGAGAGAAGGCUCGUGGGGCUAUAGAUGUCGAUGGCAAGAUUACCGAGAAAGCCGUAUAUCAAAUGCUCCCAAAGUUUGAUAUGAUAAAAAGUCAACACACUCACCCGGAACGUUCCUUCACUGCUCAAGAGAUUAGAGCUAUUCUUUUGUAUCUCCUUGAAAACUUCGACUCAAAGUUUUCUCAGCUCAGACAAAAACCGCAGGGUCUCCGUUUAGGACAUUAA